CCCCCUUCGCCCUCCUUUUUUUUCUUUUCUUUUCUUCAUCAUCAGUAGCGGUUUACUUUUACCUUCAAGUAAUUUAGUAAAUCUUACCGGGGCUCCGUCACCGUACGGCUCGCUGAGGGUUAUCUUGUGUGGGAUUUUUUCUCUAUGGGUUUCUCCUCCGUUCCCAGCCUUGCAGAGCAGUUUUCGUCUUCCUUUUUCCCUUACAAUUCAUGGCUUGGCUAGGGUUUUUUGUUCGAAAGGAUAAAAUCCCCAUGCGCUUGAGCUGUGGAGGAGGCGGUACAUUACAUUCCUCUUUUAAAAACUUUGUUCUUUAUGUUGAAUGGGUUUUGAGAGAGGAUUAUAUAGCAUUUCGUAGAUGGGUGUUGGCUUUUUUAGUUUGCUGUAUACAUAUUCCUGUCGUUAAAAGUGACAUUGGGGUGUGUAUAUAUGCCAGCGGUGAAGUUGGGUUCUUGGGAAUCCGUAUGUCACGUGGCUUUAGCUUAAACGAAGGCUUGUGGUUGUAGCUUAUGGCAUACGCAUAUGGGCAGGAUUAUUGUCUA